AUGGAAUUAUGGAAUACCGCACCACCAGUAAUUCUAGGAUAUGAGGACGAAGCGGAAACGCUCCUCAACCGACUUGUAGGAGGACCAAAAGAAUUAGACAUUGUACCUAUAGUCGGAAUGUCCGGAUUGGGCAAGACGACUUUAGCUACAAAACUAUAUUCUCAUGAAACUGUAAUCCAGCAUUACGAUGUCCGUUCAUGGUGCUGUAUUUCACAGGUAUAUGAUCGGAAAGAGGUAUUAUUAAAGAUUUGGAGAGGACUUGGUAUGCUGAAUACCGCAAAAAAAGAAAAUGAUCACACUGAAUUAGCUGAUGAGCUACGUAAUUUUUUGAAAGGAAAGCGUUAUCUCAUUGUGGUAGAUGAUUUGUGGAGCGUUGAUGCAUGGGAUGAUUUACGAACAAUUUUCCCCGACGAUAACAAGGGAAGUAGGCUUGUUUUGAUUACUAGGCUCGACGAAGUAGCUUGCUAUGCCUCAACUAAUCCUCACCAUCUUCGAAAUCUGACAGAAGACGAAAGUUGGGAGCUAUUGCAGAAGAUAGUAUUUGUGGAUCAAGAACGUUGUCCCGAUGAGCUUGAAGUGAUAGGAAAUGAAAUAGCAACAAGUUGUUCUGGAUUACCACUUGCAAUAGUUUUGAUAUCCGGACUUCUCACGAGGCGAGAAAAGGAAGAGGAUUAUUGGAAAGAAAUCGCUCUUAAUUUGAGUACAAAUCUUUUUCAUGAUGUGAAAUGGUUAAUGGAGGUAAUCGAAUUGAGCUACAACGAUUUGCCUCAUCAUCUGAGACCAUGUUUUUUGUACUUUGGAACAUUUUCUGAGGAUGCACAAAUUCCAGUACAUAAACUGAUACAAUCAUGGAUUUGCGAAGGAUUUAUACCAUAUAAUGAGUUGAAGAGCAUGGAUCAUGUUGCAACUGAUUACUUGAUGGAUCUUGUUGGGAGAAACCUAGUAAUGUUUGCAAAAACUAGUUACUACUUGCGUAGACCCCAACUCAUUGGUGUUCAUGAUCUUUUACAUCAAUUUUGCAUGGUAAAAGCUACAGAAGAAAUCCAUUUACGACGGUUUCGCGGAUCUCAAACGUAUAAUUAUGAUCAUUAUCCUCAAUUUGCAACCGAUAUGCCUUCUCGACUUGUUGUUGAUCACUCGGAUGAUUUUAUUAAGUGUGAAGGUAUUCAUUCUUUGCGCUUCACUUACUAUACUUGUUUAAACUCGACCAAGCUCUUUGAAGACUCCUUCGAAGCUUUCAAAUUACUAACUGUAUUGGACUUGGAGAAAGUCAAUGUUGGCAAUUCAUUUCCAUAUAGAAUUGUGUUCUUGAUUUGUUUAAGGUACCUGGAGAUAAGUGGCGAUUUUGAGGAAAUUCCAUUAGAUAUAAGUUGUCUUGUCAAUCUAGAGACAAUGAUUGUCCAUUCAAAUCCUAUCGAGGUCUGCACUAAGUUACCAAACACCAUAUGGGAUCUAGUUAACUUGAGGCAUUUGGAAGUUUACGGAUGGUUUCCAGACUUUGAUGAAAUUUCACAAUUAGAAAAGUUAAGAAAUUGUUACGGAUUUCUUAUUUAUCUUUCUCGCGAUAUGCCUAUAAUCGCUAAUGGACUAUCUAAUGUUGUAAAUUUGAAAUGCACAAUUGGUGAUUUGGACUAUGAUUCAGACGACGAUGAAGAUGAUGCCUAUGAUUGGGACGAUAGUAGGUUUUGCGAACCAAUUUUUCAGUCUUUAGAUCGACUAGAAUCACUUUCUUUCAAGAUUGAUACACAAUGUGCACCUCUACGACGAGCAAUUGGAUUUCCAUCAAGUCUAAAAAGAUUGGAACUGCUUCUUUUCCCGUUUGGUGAACCUUUGAGAAGUCUUUCGACUAUUGGGGAGCUGCCCAAUCUCGAAAUAUUCAAUAUAUAUAGUUGCUUCUUUUAUACGAGCAAGUGGGAUGUCAAGGACGGAGAAUUUCCUAAGCUUAAAGUCUUAAAAAUUUUCCUUAUGGAUGAUAUUGAAUGGAAUGUUUCAGCUAAUGCUUUCCCGAGCCUCCAGCAAAUAUGUUUGAGUUAUUGUAGAAAUCUAGAGAUACCUUCUAGUUUUGGGUGUUUGAAUUCACUAAAUUUGCUUGACGUGCACUGUUGCUGCAAAUAUUCUACGGAAGGUGAUAAUAGAACAACUGAGGAAUCUGCUAUGAAGAUUAAGGAAAUACAAAUUGAAGAAAUGGCAAAUUUCGAUUUCAAACUCAUUAUAUCAGAAAAUGAUGAGCGAGAUGAUUAUCUUUUGACUUUCUGA